AUGGACCAGCUGAGAGCUCAGCUGGAUACGGCUCAAGGACCUCGUCAACGUCACUCACGAAGCUUGAGAACAUCUUGGAUGACAAUGGCGAGGGAACGAAACGAGUGGAAGAGAUGCUGGGGCCCGCACCAAAGUAUGAACAGACUUCCGCAGUGGCAGGCAGAAGAAUUGGCGGCUCGAAAGAAAAAAACUAACCUGGGCUUGUUGCGAGGAGCAUCACUGAAUACCUGUGGAGUAUUCGUAUACGGCAUAGUAGAUUAUGGGGAGGAGAGUGAUUCCGUCCAUUCGUCGAAAAUCAAUUCAGACUGCUUGCAGUCUGAAUUGAUUUUCGACGACGACGUGAUUCAGGGAGAGAUGAGCGGAACCUUCCCGGUCUCCAUAAUCUACGACCCCGUAUACGGAUACUCCACCUGA